AUGACAAAGAAUGAUGUCACCCACCGUGUUUCCACGAAGCGGCAGCAAUCGAGAGAUGCAUCAAGCGAGCCGGCCAAAAAAGCUCGGGUUUCUACUGGUUCUGGGAGCCAGAAAAGCUCAAAGCCAGAGAAGAAGCAAAAGAGGAAAGAGCCAUCCGACCAAGAGGUGGCUGAGCAGGAAAAGUUGCUGAAGGCGGCGGCGUCUUCUGUGGAGAAUAAGAACAAGCCGAAGACGAAAGACCAGAAGGAAACCAAAGAGAACAAAGAGAAGAAGGAGAGCCAAGAGAAGACCAAAGAGAAGAAGGAAAGCAAAGACAAGAAAGAAGCCCAAAACAAGAAAGAGGCCCAAGACAAGAAAGAGGCCAAAGACAAGAAGGAAGCCAAAGACGACAAGCAAGACACCGCGCCAGCAAAGUCGAAGGGAACUGAAACGGCCAAACCCAAGGACCCCAAAGACCCGAAGCAACAGCGAAUCAUGAAGGGAGGCCCAGGCCAGAAGACCCAGGAUGAUAACAAGGAAAGCCAAGAGAAGAAGGAAAGCAAAGAGAAGAAGGACAGCCAAGACAAGAAAGAAGCCAAAGACAAGAAAGAAGCCAAAGACCAGAAAGAAGCCAAAGACAAGAAGGAAGCCAAAGACCAGAAAGAAGCCAAAGACAAGAAGGAAGCCAAAGACAAGAAGGAAGCCAAAGACACAAAGGAAGCCAAAGACAAGAAGGAAGCCAAAGACACAAAGGAAGCCAAAGACAAGAAGGAAGCCGAAGACAAGAAGGAAGCCAAAAACAAGGCCAAAGACAAGAAGUGUGGAAGCCGUGACAAGAAAGCCUGUGGGUCCGAGGAGGUGGGUGCAGAUGAAGAGUCCGAGAAUGAUUUUGAUCAAGUGGCCCUCAUCGAGGCACAGAUAGCAGCGGAGGAGCUUGCUGCAUGCUCCCCAAUGGCUUCAGAAGCCUCAGAGGGUUCCGAGCAGGCCAGUGACGACGAUGAUGGUGAUGAAGAUGAACAGCAGGAGGAAGAUGAACAGGAGGAAGAUGGACAGGAGGAAAAUGGACAGGAAUCGGAGGAGGCAGAGGAGCCGGAGGCAUCUCCGAAUGACGAUGAUGCCGAGGAGGAAAUCCUCCAGUCGCAAGAGUGCAACCUGGAUGAAGCAGACAUGCCAAGUGGUACCUCAUCUGAGGCUGAGUCUGAGAACGGCGACCAGGAGCCGUCUGAAUAUGAAGAACCGGCCCCCGACCCAAAUUCCUUGAAGGCGGCGACGGAGAAUGACGCGGCUGCUGCAGUGCGGAACAGCUCCCUAGAUGAAAUUUCGGUUGGGGUCAUGUGUACGACGCAUAAGAAGGAAUGGGCCGUCUUUGAUCGGGCGAUCAAGAAUCGCCAGAAGUUCCCGGUCAACCUGAGUUCCUACGCGAGCAAAUCCAAGAAGAAUCUCAACCGGCAGGAUGUUGUUGCCGUCCAGGGCAAAGACUUGAAGGCAAAAUAUGCCGACGAGGACGCUGGUACAAAGACCAAAGACUUCCCCGACAACGAGGAUGAAGCGUGGUAUUACAUGCCGAAGGGCCACCUAUUGCGGCUUGACAAUGCCACAAGCGAAUCGCAGAUGCUCCUGGCGGAGCAAAAAAUGGAUGAUGAUUUGGCCAAGAUUCUCGAAGAGAACAAUUUGCUUCAGGCAGGCACUCUGCCUGCUGUGCACGCAGCCACCGAGGCUGGUGAGAAAUCCCUCUUGACGCUGUUCGACGAACCGGGAGCGAUUCAGAAGCGAGCGACAAAGACGAAGAAGGACAAGGACAAAGAAGACGCUGAGGAGAUGAAGCCCAAGACCCUCAAAGA